GGUGCGCCCGAGUUUCGUUUGUCUACAGCAUAAUUGACAGGUCUUCAGUCUGUCUGAGGGAGAGGCACGCUGUAUUCAAGCUGUUCUACAUUGUUUGUAUUUUGGCAUUGCUAUAUAUUUUUUAAAUGGUGCGUAAGUGUGCAUGUCGCGGAUGUCCUAAUCGCCAAAAACAACCACGGCGAUCUAAAAGUGCAUUACCAACGCCGACAAAUGAAAGGAUUCAUUUUUACUCUUUCCCGGUAAACGACCCAGAGCGAGUAAAGCUAUGGCUGCUGUGUGUUCAGCGAGAUGUUGAUUUACCUCUUCAACUCGCCCGUCUGCUGACAUUGUGCAGUGAGCAUUUUUCACCAGACGACUUCAGACCAGGUUUGGGAAAAAUACGUCCAAAACUGAAAAAAACAGCUGUUCCCAGUCUGUGUUUACCACACACAAAGGAGACUCCGAAUUAUCCACUGCAGCUAAGCCAGGAAAUCAAAUCAGAAGGCCCUGCACCUGUACAGGGUGCAGAGUCAGAAUCUCAGGCAGCAGCUACACCUACCAGUCUGCUUCCAGAAGCAGCUGAGAACGAGGGGAACAGAGAGGAAUUUGUAACCACUUUUGUAGCUCGUGUUCCCCAGUCAACCCCACUGAAAUCAUAUGACAGACAAAGAUCUGUGGGAGAAGCGAAGGAUUCUGUGUCAAAACUUCGGUUGGUGCUAUCAACUCCAGAGUCACCGAAGGACCCAUCCCGACCGUCAAAAUCAGCGACAUACUAUGCCAUGCCUGUCAUAAAGUCCUUUCCAUCUGGAAAUUCUGGAAAAAACAGGCUCGCUGGGGAAGGUGACACUAUUGCAAGACCCUCCAAAACAAGGAACAGUUUAAAACAAACAACUGCAACAUCUGAUUUUCUGCAUUCUACUGCGGUAUCCAAGAAAAUUACUACAAAGGUCCUGGAAGAUGUUACAGCCAGUUGUGACGAAGAUCUUGAUAAUUGUGACCUGGACAGUGUGGCCAGCAGUGUGGACAGCACAGCAGAGGAGAUGUUUAUUGAUGGUCUUGACCCUGUUCUAGAUGGGCCUUCACAUGACAUUUACACACCAGAGGAGGACUGUGAUUCAGAGCCUUCACAUGACAUUUACACACCAGAGGAGGACUGUGAUUUAGAGGCCAGACCACAGCAGAGAAAGAGAUCACGUCUGUCUUGCACAUCUUCUACUGUUGGUAGAAAUGGCAGGGAAAGUGAAAACUAUGGUUCAUCUGGAAUUUCAAAUGAAAAGUGGCAUAGCUCAGAUGAUGCUGAUAUUAAGCCAACCCAUCUAGACUUCACACCCGUCCAAGAACCUGGGGCACAGAUUUUAUCAAAUAGGUGCACUAGUCCUCUUCAAUAUUUUCAACUGCUGUUUCCAAAAAAAAUGUGGCAGACCAUUGUAGACCACACUAAUGACUAUGGAGCAAAGUGCCAAGGGAGAAAGGGCAAAGUGUGGGAGUACAUUUGUCAAAAAGACUUUAAGUCGUACAUAGCACUGGUAAUUUACAUGGGUAUGUUCAGGUGCUCUUCAUUGACGGACUAUUGGAGUGAGUCUGAGCACUUCAGUCUGUCCUUUCCAGCAAAAAUCAUGUCUUACAAGAAAUUUCUGUCAAUCUCCAAAGCCCUUCAUCUAAGUGAUAAGAAGGAGGAUGAGAAGAACAGUUUUAGGAAGGGAACAACAGGCUAUGAACGGUUAGGUAAAAUUCAACCUCUGUAUCAAGUCAUUCGUGAGGCCUGCAAGACCUUUUUUCAUCCUUUUCAGAACAUCACCAUCAUUGAAAGAAUGGUCGCAUCACAGGAGAAACCUGUACUGAAGCGCAGCGUGAAAAACAAAUCCCCAAAUAUGGGAUACAAACUCUUUGCUCUGACAGACUGCACCUGUGGCUAUACGUGGGACUUCUUUAUUUACGAGGGGAAGUCAUGUGCCUCACAGAAUGUGGGCCUGAGCUAUGAGUCCGUUAUGGCAUUGGUGGAUGAAAAUAUGUUGGGCUCUGGGUACAAAUUGUUUGUGGAUAAAUUUUACACCAGCCCCACACUCUUCAGGGACCUCUUGUAUAAAAAGAUCUGGGCUUGUGGCCCCAUUUGGGCAAACAGGAAGGGUUUCCCAAAAACAGUCGUGGACAGAUUGUCCAAGAACGCUCCACGCGGCACCAUGCGCUGGAUCAGGGAUGACAGUCUUCUGUUUGUUGAGUGGAAAGACUCACAGGAAGUGCAGAUGUGCUCCACCUUCCACAAAGCUUAUGAAGGUGACACUGUGCAGAGAAAGGUGAAAAACGAUGCACAUCGGACCCUUGUGGAGGUUCCCAUUCCAGCUGUGGUGCUGGACUACAACAGGAAUGUGGGGACAUUGGAGCCAUCCAGUUUCAUCACUGGACAUUACAGAGUCCUACAUAAACCAAAAAAGUGGUAUCAGUGUGUUUUUUAUCACCUUUUGGACAUUGCCGUAGAGAAUGCUUUCAUUUUGCAUAAACUGGUGGCCAAGAGAAAAAAACAAAAAACUCUGACACGGAAGAAAUUCCUUGAGAUGCUUGUUUUAGAGCUUACAGAAAUGAAUGCUGAGAACGAGUCUGAUUCUGCAUCGGUUUCCUCGGCUCAUCCGGUGUCCCCCGUCUCGUCUUCUCCUUCUGCUCCUGUCUCAGCUUCUCCCUCUUCUCCCGAAUUGUCAUUUCCUGAAGGAACCCACAGGCCCAAGCACUUCAUGCCGGACAGUGCACUCGGUAGGCGCAAGUGCAAGCUCUGCCACCUGAAAACUCCAGUCAUGUGUGUGACUUGUGAAGUGCCAUUGUGCUUUCAACCCAGGCGUGACUGUUUUAAUCAGUGGCAUGAAUUCAAGGUUUAUGUUCAUGAUGGGUUUCAAUUUGAAUCUAUGUAAAUCUGCUUGAAGUUUGCCCUGCUUCAUUUCCUGACAUUUUUGUUCUAAAAUUGAAACAAGUUUGGGUAGUAUUUCUAAUAUCAUCUGCUAACUCGACUACCGGUACUUUUGCCAUAGAAUAUGUGGAACAGUCAAUGGAGGACGUAAAAGUCUUGUGGAAUUAUGUCAAUGUCAGUGCUGCACUACCUUUCAAACUUUUUCACAGCAGCUGCAUUUAUUUGAUUAAAAAUACUGUAAACCAGUCA